AUUAAAAAUUGCAAAAUCAGAUGAAUGGGGGUUAAUUCUCUAAAUAGAAUUUCAAAAGUUUAUUAGUUAAAUAUAAAUAUACUUGCUUUGGCAAUACAAAAUUACCUUAUAUGUUCUCAAAAUUGCUUGGACACUGAUUCGUACAAAUUGAAUAUAAAAAACAUCACUCCAGUCUUUGGUGAAAGUGGACGAAAUUUAAAAUAUAGCAAAGAAAAAUAAUACGUCUCCCAACAGUCUUCGUUAUCCAGUUCUUCUUCAUGGCAUUCCGUCAGCAGAAGGCAGUACGGUGACUGCCAGUCUGAUCGUAAAGAAUUAUAAAUUAAAGAAUAUUACAACUGAUGUAGGUGAAACGGAACAUUCUCUCAAUAAUUGAAGAAAAAAGAUUAAGUUGGUUUGAACAUGAUCAGCGUAUGUUUCUAAAUAGAUCACUAAAAAUAAGUAUGUAACUGCAACUAGAAGAUAGAAGGAAAAAAGAAAGAUUAAAUGGAAAAUGUAAAGACGAGGUGCAGGAAAACCUGGCGGAACAUGGCAUCAGGAAAGCGCAUAUAGAAGAAUGGAAAAAUUUCUUAAAUAUAUUUAGGUGAAGGAAAAUCAAAGCAGUGAAAAAAUCCUUAAUGAAAAAAAAAAUAUCAAAUUGUAGUGUUUAUUUCAUCAUUGGCCGCACCAACAUCCAUGUCCAACUUCUACAAGUAACAACUAACUUCAGUUUCACUGAGCUCAGUCGAAUCUCUAUGUGUUUUUGUUUUGAAGUUUUGCCGCUGAAAUUUAACAUCAACUUUAUAUAAUAUUUCAGCAUUUAACUUCAACCAAAGGGACAUUUUUGGUGAAAUGCAAGUGAUUUGUUACUGAUAAGAAGCUCUGAUAGCGAAUAGUAGUUUUCAGUAUGGUGUUGAAGAACUUAUUUUGUGCUUAUUAUUAUUAAAAUUGAAUUUUUUUAAAUUGUCUUUUUAAAUAAAACAAUCAUGGAAACCCCUCCAAAGAAAAAAUUAAAAAUUGACUCCAAAUCUAGCAAAGCUGGAUCAACCAGACACCAUUCUAGUAAAACCUCUGGAAAGGAUCGUUUACAUCUAUCUUUAGAUUUAGAAUCAUGUGACUUUACAAAGAUUGUUGCUACCAGUGGUUUCGUUGACAAAUCAUUACUUAUUAAAGCUUUGUUUGAGAAUACUUGCAAGGUACUAAUUACUGCUCCCAGGCGUUUUGGAAAAUCAACAAAUUUAGAUAUGGUUAAAAGGUUUCUAGAAAUUGAGGUGGAUAGUUCUGGUAAGCCUAUUGAUGCAUCUCUAACAAACAACUACAAGCUGUUUUCGGAAAACAAAUUAAAAAUUUUUGAACAUGACCAAUUUUGUAAGGUACAUUUAGGUAGGCAUCCUGUAAUGAUUAUAGAUUAUAAACCUCUUGCUACAGCAGUUGAUUUUGAGAGCAUGUUAUCGGAAUUCAAAACCAUUAUGAGGAAUACAUUUGAACAUCAUCGCUAUCUCUUAGAAGUUAAUAAUUUAUGGUCUGGGAAUCUUAAAUUAGAUAAAUUUAAAAGCUAUAUCGAACCAGAUAAGAUAAUAAAUUUAAGUACUUUUGAUUUAAAAAUAGGUUUUAAUUUUUUAGCUGAAGUAUUACACAAAUAUUUUGGAAAACCAGUAUUUCUUUUGGUUGAUGAAUAUGAUGCCUAUUUCGAAAGUUUUAUUUUUAAUGACAAUGCAGACUAUAGCCGCAUAAUAAAUUUUAUUCAGUCUACAACUGCUGAUUUAUUGAAAUCAAGUAAUCAUAUUGAUCAUGCUCUAUUAACUGGUGUUUUUCGCAUUUCAAGUGAUGGAUUGGCCUUAACAUUUUCGCAAUGUUUAAAUGGUAUUGUUCAUUACAAAUUUUUAAGUAAGCACCCAUUUCAUAUAUAUUAUGGAUUAACAUCGAAGGAAUGUGACAAACUAUUAAGUCGGUUUGUAAAAGAUGAUGAAGCUAAAAAUAAAUUUAAGCGAACCAUUGACAAAUAUUUUAACGGAUAUCAUAUCAAUAAAGUUAAAGUUUAUAGUAUUUGGUCAGUACUAAAGUUUUUUGAAAAUAAUAAAAAGAUUCGAAGUUGUAGUUCUAGAGAUGAAUCCAUGUUCAGAAUUAAACAAAUUUUCAAAGACAAAAGAAUUUCAGAAAACAUUUUGCAGUUGCUUUGUGGGGCAUUUGUUGAUAUAGAUAUUUCUAAACAGUUCACCAGAAGCAACAUAAAAGAUUUAUGUAAUCUUUUACAAUUAAGGGAACUAGAAACAGACAAAUCGGAUCUAUUAUUUCUUUUACUUUACCAUUUCGGUCUCUUAUCAAUUGUUGAUGUGAAGGAUGAACAUUUAGUUUCUAUGAAAAUUCCUAAUCAAGAAGUUUUUUUCCAAUUUGCUAAAUCUCUUAAGGAAUCAUAUGAAAAUAAAUAUCAAUUUGAUUCUGUCUAUGUUAAACAUUUUCAAUCUGCUGCAAAUUCAUUUAGUAUAACUGAUAUGAAUGAUGACAAUUUUUUAAAACUUUAUAAAUCCAUAAAUGAUUUAUUUUCAAAUACAGCGUAUCAUUCUCAAAAAAACAAUGAUUUAAUGUAUAUUUUGUUUGUAUUUUUGUGUUGUAAGUUUAGUUUUAUUAAAUUUAAAGGGUUAAAGUCCUCUUCGAAUGGUCAUCAAUAUUUCGUAACAGUUAAUGAUCAUGAUGUAGCUUUAAUAAUUGGAUCUGUGGGGGAAAAAUCGGAAACUCAUCUGGUAGGAAAAGUUACAAAUAUUCAUAAUGGACUCAUCCAAACUAAUUAUUUUGAUCAUAUUGAGAAAGAAAUACAUAAAAAGUUAAGGGGAAAAGUUUAUAUAAUUUGUCAUAUCUUAGAUGAUAAAUUUUCUAUGGCAUAUUCGUUUAUUCUCAAAGAUGAAGAAAUAACUAAGCCUAAAAUUAUUUGAUUUAAGUGAUUUUGAUUUUUUUUGUAAAUGUUAUAUUUAUUGUACAGAUUAGAAUUGUAUAUACUAAAUGUAAAUAGUGAUAUUCAUAUAUCUUAUGUUGUAUGUUUACAGGAGCAUAAUCUUUUCUCAAUUUCUCAUUUUGAGAAUUUUAUCUCUUUUAGUGAAAAUAUCAGGAAUUAAAAUAGAAUUGUACAUUUUUUAAGUUACAAAUAUACAUUAUUUUACAUU